AACAUCUAAAAGCGCGCCAUCUGCUACACUGCACAAGGCAGAGUCCAGCGUAUUAUAUUUACGCCGCCAAGUCGUCCGCGAGCCCCUCACCGGCGACAGCGUUGCCAAGCGCAGCAGGCUUCUGCACAUAAAGCGCCAGCGCACAACACCCCACUCCGCUAUCACAAUGUCGCACAUCGGCACGGUCAAGUCGAUCCCGAAGGAGCACCGGUAUGCCUUCCUGAACAUGAAGGCGCCGGCGUCCUACGUCGCGGGUCUCGGUCGAGGCGCGUCUGGUUUCACCACACGCUCCGACAUCGGUCCAGCCCGCGAAGGACCGAGCGAGGAGACGGUGCGCGAGGCGAUGGCCAAGCGCGGCGAGGAGAUUCCCGACCCCGACCAGUUUCAGGACCCCGAGAACGAGCGCAACCUUUUCGCGGGCACUGUGUACGAGGCCGACGACGAGGAGGCGGACCGCAUUUACGAAGCCGUGGACGAGCGCAUGGACCAGCGCCGCAAGCGGAGGCGAGAGGCUAUGGAGGCCGAGAUUGCCGCCAAGGAGCGGGCGAACAACCCGAAGCUGCAGACGCAGUUCGCCGACCUGAAGCGCGGCUUGUCCGAGCUCAAGGACAGCGACUGGGCCGCUAUCCCCGACGCUGGCAACAUGACUGGCAAGAGGCGGAAGCACAACCUUCGUCUCGAGGAGAACCAGAACGGGCGCUCGUACGUCGUCUCUGACUCAGUCAUUGCUGGCCAACUCGCGCGCAACGAAAUGGUUAGCGACCUCGACAUGCAGGAGGGUCUCCAGACGCCCGCGACCGAUGGUACAAUGACUGACUUUGUGUCCAUCGGCAAUGCGCGUGACAAAGUCUUGUCACUCAAGCUGGAUCAGGCGUCUGCGGACGCAACCGGCGGCACGUCCACUAGCAUCGACCCGCGUGGGUACAUGACCCAGCUCAACAGCCAGGUUCUUCAGUCGGACGCACAGAUCGGCGACAUCAAGCAAGCUCGUCAGUUGCUCCAGAACCUCAUCCAGAGUAACCCGAAACACGCGCCUGGCUGGAUCGCUGCGGCGUCUUUGGAAGUGCACGCGAAGAAGAUGGUCGCAGCGCGCAAGAUCAUCGCUGAGGGCUGCGAGAAGUGCCCUAAGAGCGAGGACGUGUGGUUCCACGCGGCUGAGCUAAACACUGCCGAGAACGCAAAGCGCAUCCUAGCGCGUGCGGUGGAACACGUACCCCAGUCUGUCAAGAUCUGGCUGAAGGCCGCGUCAUUGGAGGCCGACGUCAACGCCAAGCGCCGCGUCUUGCGCAAGGCGCUCGAAUUCAUUCCCAAUUCCGUCAGGUUGUGGAAGGAGGUUGUCAAUCUCGAGGACGACCACGAGGACGCUCGCAUCCUCCUUACACGAGCUGUCGAGGUCAUUCCGACGUCGGUGGAGCUGUGGCUCACACUUGCACGCUUGGAGACGCCCGCCAAGGCCAAACAGGUCCUUAACUCUGCACGCCAGAAGAUUCCCACUUCUCACGAAAUCUGGAUCGCCGCUAGUCGGGUUGCCGAGCAGACGCCCUCCGCCGUUGCAGGUGUCAAAGUGGAGGACGACCCUGAAGCUCGGAAGAAGCUGGCGUCGCAAGUGGACCGCCUUAUCAAGAACGCUGUCUCGUCGCUUACGAAGCACCAGGCCGUUCUGACGCGCGAGCAGUGGCUUCAGGAGGCUGAGAAGUGCGAGCAGGACGGCAGCCCCCUUACCGCCCAGGCCAUCGUCAAGGCCACUGUUCAUCUCGACGUGGAGGAGGAGGAUCGCCAAAUGGUCUGGCUCGAGGACGCUGAGCGCGCCAAGAGCGGCAAGUUCUACGAGGUUGCGCGCGCCAUCUUUGUCGUGCUUAUCGAAAACUUUCCUGACUCGCCGAGCGUGUGGCGCAAAGCGGCCGAGUUUGAGAAAGCCCACGGCACACCGCAGGCGGUCCAGGACAUUCUCAUGAAGGGUGCUGAGCACUGCCCACACGCUGAGGUUCUCUGGCUCAUGGCUGCCAAGGAGAAGUGGGUUAGCGGCGACGUCGUUGGUGCCCAGCAAAUUCUUAGCAAGGCGUUCGAGCAGAACGAGGACUCGGAAUCUAUCUUCCUCGCAGCCGCCAAAAUCGCGGCCGAGACAAACGAGACAGGAGCGGCACUACAGAUUCUCGAGAAAGCACGCACGCAGGCCAACACCGAGCGCGUAUGGAUGAAGUCGGCCGUGCUCGAGCGCCAGCUGGGCAAGCUCGACGACGCGCUGAAUACGCUACAGGAGGCCAUCGCCAAAUUCCCCAAGUUCGACAAGCUGCACAUGAUUCGCGGGCAGGUGCUGGAGCAGAAGGGCGAUAUCCCAGGUGCUCGCGCCGCAUAUGCGCAGGGGUGUCGUGAGUGCCGCAACUCGAUCCCGCUGUGGAUCCUUGCUGCACGGCUUGAGGAGAAGGCCGGUGUCGUUAUCAAGGCACGCUCGCUGCUGGAGAAGGCGCGCUUGCACAAUCCGAAAAACGAUCAGCUGUGGGCCGAGAGCAUCAAAAUCGAGGAGCGUGCAGGCAGCCCGCAACAAGCCAAGGCCGUGCUGUCUCGAGCCAUGCAGGAGUGCCCGACUUCCCCAAUCCUCUGGUCCAUGGCCAUCUUCAUGGAGAACCGGCAGCAGCGCAAGGGCCGCUCGGUCGAUGCCCUCAAGAAGGCGGGCGAGCACCCGGCCGUCAUUAUUGCCGUUGCACGCCUGUUCUGGAUGGAGCGCCAAGUCGAGAAGACGCGGACGUGGAUGCGCAACGCUAUUACCGCGGACAAGGACUGGGGAGACGCGUGGGGAUGGUGGCUUAAGUUUGAGCGCGAGUACGGCGAGCCGGAACGGCAGGAGGCAGUAAUUCGUGAAGCCGAGGCCGCAGCGCCCUCCCACGGUCCAGUGUGGCAAGCAACGGCCAAGGACCUCGCGAAUGUGGGCAAGUCGACGCGCGAGAUUCUCGAUCUUGUGGCCCAGAAGAUCGAGUAGAUGUAGAUGUACUAUGCAUGGGUCGCUGAGCGAUGGAUGAUGUGGCUCAGAGUG